AGUUCCACACCAAACAAUAGUUACAAAAAAAAAAUACCUUAUUGCGAACCUAUUUACAAUAUCAAAAUCGGUGCCUACUUCUGAACUAAUCAACAGUGUUGAAAAGGGUGCCUAGCUCGAAACCGCAGCCAGUUUAUCGCGAAAUUUCAUGUUUAUUAGUUAACUGUAGGAAGUUUAUAUUUUUAUUUUUGUGCCAAAUGGUAGUUUGUAUGUUUUGCGGGGAAAUGCAAAUUUCCGAGGACAGCACGCGUGUCAAAGUCAAGAGCUGCGCAUAAAUAACAGCCGCCGAACGCCGAUAAUUGUCUUGGCUACGUUUCGCUACGAGGAAGCAACAAUACUCAGCAAAAGAGUUGCUUUCGGGGAAACGAGAAACUCAACAGGGGCACACCGGACUGGAUCCGGAGAUCUGAACCCGAGAGCCAGGGAAACGACCACAAGGAGUUGCAGGCGGCACUCGUUGGAGGCGCCGGCACUAAGACCUUUUCCGAGACGCGAGCGCCCAGCGGAACAGUCGCCACCACGACGUCGACAUCACAGCCGCCCCCGCAAGCUGCGCCGCUGUCAUCAGCCGAGCACUUGGACGCCAGCGCCGGCGAUCGCGGGCGUGUCUACAAGCUUAGAAAGAAGAAAUACUUGGACACGGCGCACAUAACGUAGGCAAGGGUCAAGGAGAUCGGAGGAAUCGACGGAAUUGAGUCGGAGAAGGAACUGGUGGUAUAUAGGGAAUCAAAACUAAAAAAGGUGCUAAACAUCUGGCGCGAGGAGUAGGGAUUGGCCAUAAAAAGCUUAUAGCUACACCAAAAAAGCAGGAGGAGAUCCUUGAAAUCCGAAGCAAGUCCAGUAAGGAGGAUAAAGAUGCCUGUGCAGUCGCCUAUCGAGAUCAGCAACCGUGCCAUCGAGCACAUAGACGACGUGGACCCGUUGGAGUACCACGGCCACUGGGAGCCAGUGGGGGUGGCUCGAGUUCAGAACACAGGUACUUCUGCGAUGGUCACCUUCAGCAAGCGAAAGCAACAGCCGUAUAUCAUCGGUGGGGCCUUGGACACCAAUAAGUACGUGUUCGAACAGCUGCACUUUCACUGGUCGGACUCGGACGAGUCCGGGUGCGAGCACACGCUUGAGGGCAUGAAGUACUCGAUGGAGGCCCACGCGGUCCACUACAACGCCAAGUACAAGGACUUUGCCGAGGCCAAGAACAAGCCAGACGGGCUGGCCGUGGUGGCCUUUUUUAUCCAAGCCUGCGGCGAAAAGGACUGUCCGGAAUUCAAAAAGAUCACCGAAGGCAUCCGGAUCGUGCAGAAGAUCCACACGAGUGCGUCACUGGAUUCCGAUUGCUUAUCGUGGAUUGGACUGCAGGAGCUGAGCAAACACUAUUACACAUACAAAGGAUCUUUGACGACGGCGCCGUACUUCGAGAGCGUCACCUGGAUAAUUUACCGCACUCCCAUCUACGUGUCGCGUGGUCAGGUCAGUGUAUUUCGUAAUUUGCAAUCGUGUCCCAAAGAUGAGUCCAAAAAGAUAGUCAGCAAUUAUCGAGAAAUCCAGCGCCCCCACAAGGAUCCGGAGAUCUUCUUCGCGCGCAACACGAACCCAAAGUCAAAGUUAUGAUGUGCUUGCCAUGUGGCCAUUCCCCCCCUUCCGCUGCCGCUUCCCAUUGCCCCAACUCCGCACCACCUCCCCCCAAUUCCAAUCUCCAAGAUUUCUCCGCCCACGAAAAGCUAUAUCUCUAUGCAUACUACUACUGUUUAUGGUUGUCCGUCAGCUGCGUUUGUUAAUUGCCUCAUGUACAUAGCGUUAUAUAUAACUAAUAUACAUAUAUAUUAUAAUAUAUAUAUUCAUACUUAUACAUAUAAUCGGAGUAGCUACGAUACGUUAACGUGUAUGGAUUCAUUUUAGUCAGAACACGCAGUUGCCUUGCAUUGAAUAUUUCAGAGAAAUAUCGGGCACAACUACUUAAGACAUCUACAAGAGACAUAAAUUUAACACUUAAGCUUAAGUUAAAUAAAUGGUAAAAGUGAAAAGAAUGAAUACGAAUGAGAGAGGAAGUCACACACAUAUGUACACAUCUUUUCUAUUUCAAAACUGAUUUUUUUAUGUAUUAUAAUUGCUCGAAGCCGUAAUUGUUUGUAAGAGCUGUUCCCCAUUUUUGUGUAAUUUUUUUUGUGAUUAGUAGUAACUAAUAAACAAGUAAGCUGCAACUCCUA